UUUCCGCUUGCAGCAAGUCCUCUUUGCUGUGCCUCUGGAGUUGCUGCUGCUGCAACAUAACAAGCCGUUAUUUCUCAUUUACACACUUCACAUCCUUAUUGUUCACUUCCAAUGGGUGAGCUGCAUCCUGCUCCAACUCGCCCACCCAAAACACUCUCAGAUGUACAGAGUUCUCUCUGCUGAAAGUCCUGUGAAGUUUGUAUUUUGCUUCUAACUGUACAAACCUUCAGGGAGUCUGGAGUUAGUUUUUGAGAGAAAAAAAAGGAUCAGACCUCGUGGAUAUAUAAAGUACUGGGAUCUCUAUGAAGCGUUUUGCCUGGCUGUGCUGAGAUGCACAUUUACUUUCUCUUGUCUGCCUCUGGGGGAAUCUGAAACUUUCCUCAGUGUGUUUUAGUCUCUUUUUUUUUACUUUUUUUUUUUUUUUUGGAGGGUGUUUGGGAUGCAGAUUGAGCAAUCGGCUUCUCUGGGUCGGAUGGGGAUGUGGAGAGCAAGACAAUUUGAGGAGAUGGAGGGAAGAUGUGCUGGGAAACGUACUUCGUUUUCUUAUAGCUUUUGGAAAAUGACACACGGGGUCCACAUCAGCUUUGUGCUGUUAUUAGUGCUUUGUUUCAGUUAUGGAAAUGCCCAGGACCUGAAUCCUAGAGGAAGGAAUGUAUGCAGAUCCCAAGGCUCAUCAGGAUUUGUCUGCUGCCAGGGAUGGAAACAGCAAGGAGAAGAAUGCUUAAUAGCUAUAUGUGAAGGAAACUUUACUUGUAAAGAAAAUGAAGUUUGUGUUCGACCGAACGAAUGCCGUUGUCGCCAUGGAUACUUUGGUGCAAAUUGUGAAACAAAAUGUCCAAGGCAGUAUUGGGGCCCAGACUGCAAAGAAAAGUGUGCGUGCCACCCUCAUGGCCACUGUGAUGAUGUCAUUGGUCAAUGCACCUGCAACCCAAACCGCUGGGGACCCAACUGUGAGAAUGCCUGUCUGUGCAAACAUGGGAAAUGUGACCAAGAGACCGGGAAAUGUACCUGCGAACCAAAUUGGUGGGGUCCUCAAUGUUCAAGUGCUUGCUACUGCAGCACCAACUCUCAAUGUGACCAGGCCACGGGGAGGUGCAUUUGCCAGCCAGGAUGGUGGGCCAGAAGCUGUAACAACCAGUGUUCAUGCAACAAUUCUCCUUGUGAACAAAUGACAGGUCGCUGCUUGUGCAGGGAGCGGUUGUGGGGCUUACGCUGUGAACGUAUGUGUCAGUGUUUAAAAGGGAAGUGCAAUCAGGUUGAUGGAACUUGUACCUGUGAGCCAGGUUAUAGAGGCAAGUUUUGCCGAGAGCCUUGUCCAGCUGGAUAUUAUGGACUAGGUUGUAAAAGACGAUGCGGUCAGUGUAAAGAACAGCAGCCUUGCACCAUAGCUGAUGGUAGGUGCAUUGCAUGUGCCCCAGGGUGGAAUGGAACAAAAUGCGACCAGCCCUGCUCGCCAGGGUUCUAUGGUGAAGCUUGUGAGAAAGUGUGCCCACUAUGUAAAGAUGGGCACACCUGCAACCACAUCAAUGGCAAGUGCUCACACUGCAAUGCUGGCUGGAUCGGUGAUCGGUGUGAAACUAAAUGUCGCAAUGGGACUUAUGGUGAGAACUGUAACUUUAUAUGCAUUGACUGCUUCAAUGGAGAGUGCCAUUUUGAGACUGGGAAGUGCCUUUGUAGUGCCGGGUCUUAUGGUCCAUACUGCAACAUGACAUGUCCAGCUGGCCAAUAUGGAGUUAAUUGCGACCAGUAUUGUAACUGCCAUGAUGACAAAUGUGAUCCCGUCACUGGAGCGUGCCACAUGGAAGCCAACCAACGGAUGGGCGUAAUAGGAGCUAGUGCAUUAGUAGCUUUCCUGCUUAUUCUGCUGUUAUCUUUACUGUGCUGCUGUUGUGUGUGCCGCAAAAAAGAGCAAUCAGAGAGGAAUCAAGGGCAUGUAACAAAUAAGAAAUCUCCACGUCGUUUCUGUGGUCGAUUUAGCCGAAUCAGCAUGAAGCUGCCUCGGAUUCCCUUGCGCAGACAGAAACUGCCAAAAGUUGUGGUUGCUCACCAUGACAUGGAGAAUACAUUUAACUGCAGCUUUAUUGAACCACCAUCAGUUGUAGAGCAGCCAUCUCCUUCCUGGUCCUCUCACGGCUCAUUCUCUUCUUUUGAUACCACUGAUGAUGGGCCAGUAUACUGUGUGCCUCAUGAAGAAUCUGUGACAGAAAAUAAAGAAAAGGGAAACCUCAGUGGUCUUGAAAAAUCAGCAUCUAAAAUAAACGAGGAAGAAGCAGGGGAGUAUACAUAUCUAAAGGAAUCUGGGUCUCCCAAACCUUUCUGUAAUGAAAACAGUGAAACACCAUUGCUGAAGUCAUCAGACAGCGAACGAUCUUCUUGUGGUUCUGGAUCCACUGGAGGAGCUCUUUAUGCUAGAGUUGCAAGAUUGUCAAAGCAGUCAAAGGAUGAAGAUGAUGCAACAGUAGACAACAAAAGUGCUACGAUUGGUGGGAAACCACCCUCUCCAGAACGAACAAAACCCCCUCCUCCUGAUCCAUCUACAAAACCCAAGGUUUCUUGGAUUCAUGGAAAGUAUAAUGCAAAUCAAUCCAAUUCAUUACCAGUUUUUAAUAAGUCUCCUGAAAAGCCAGCAAGCCAAAGUGAGCAGUCAGAAGUGAGUCCAGGUGUUAAAGAUCACCAUAGGAAAAGAACGCCAAGUGACACAUGCAGUGCUGGUCAGAGCAAAAAUGAAGAAAAAGUCAUAAUGAGGAAUAAAGAUAAGACAAAGAACACAAAAGAGACAAGCAGCUUAGCAGCUGAAGAACCACAGUCUCCAUCUAAAACAAAGCGUAGAAAUAAAUCUGGUCAUGAUCAAAUAGAAUAUAUUAAUGGGACAGUUCAAAAUGCUCUUAAAAAGAUAGGUAAUCUGCAUAUUGACAAAAAGAAUGCUGAUGUUAAAGAGGUCCCCAAAAGUCCUGAUCAUAGCAAGCCUCGGUCUGAGGCACUUCAUCCACACUUCUCAUCUGAGGCAGCUUCAUUGUUAGCUGCCCAGUUAAAGGAAAAAACGCAAAGUCUCAACAGAAUUGAAAAUAGCACCAACCAAAAUGGUAUUGGCCUACUUAAGUCACAGAAAGAGAAGCCCACACCUCCUCAGAAGGCCAAACGAUCUGUGGCAAAUAUUAAUCAGAAGUCCAGUAAGCCAGUUCUACCAACAACUACAAAUCUGCAAAAAAUGAUCAGUCCAGUUUCAGAUACUGUUUCUACCACAGCAAACCCUGUUGAAAAACAAAACUCUAACAGUAGUCAGGAGCAGGCUCCAGAUACCAAGCAAGAGGCAGGAGAACAAGCAACGGUGAAAAAGACUCCUAUUAAGAAACCUCCAAGAAAGAAAAGUAAAGAUGCUUCCUUGGACAAUGAUGGAAAAAUGCAGCCAAAGAUGGCCAUAAUGCCCCCCCAGUCAGUAAAAUAAAAUAGUGGUACUUGUUAUGUACUCUUCCAAAGGGGCAUUAAGAAGGAUUUGAUGACUUUUGCAAUAUAUUUAAUUGCUGAAGCCACAUUUUUGAGCCAAAGAAAAAUUAAACUGUUCAUUAGAAAGGAAUAUACUAUAAUUCAAGGCUUGUUCAGUUAUAAGGGAGGCGCAUCGCUGGCCUGAUAUACCUCUCUUGAAGACUAGAACUGCCUGUAGUCUUGGUUUCAACUUAUUCAGCAUUUAAGUGGAAAUCUUGACCCAUGUCUAAAAAAAGACAGUGGAUAUGAAAGCUUCACUAAAUCUUCUGGUUUCCAGAGCUCUGCAAAUGUAGAGACAAUAAUUAUGCAAUUAUUUUCUUAAUGCUGGUUUAUCAUAUAUAUUUGACUAUUCAGUACAUUUUCAGCUAGGUUUUAUUUUAAUAUCCAAAACCCCACCCUUUAUCAUUUUCUACAAGAUUCUUCAUUUUGAAUGGAGUCAAGUAACUAAGUUAUUUUUAUAAUGAAAAUGGUAAUUUGGUACCUUCUUAGAAAAAGCUGAUAUUCGAACUGAAAUUGAAAAAUGUGUUUUUGAGUAUGAUAUUCUAAACUAAUAACUGACCAUUGGAGAUUGGUAAAGGUGGCUAUGUUGCAUUAUGGACCACAACUUUAGAACAAUGGUAAUAUGUAUAUAAUUCAUCUGAAGUAAAUGUACCAUAAAUUGCAUAAGCAGUGCUUAUUUUAAUAUAAAAUAUUUGUUAUUACUCUCUUCUAGUUAAGCGGUAACUGAUAAGCUAGCUUUUAUUUUAAUUUGUAUUUCUUAUUCAGAAUUAAUGUAUAGUAUUUUCAUUGCGAAGCCAACCUGGACUACGAAUACAUUCACUAUAUUUAAUGAAUGGACUUUGUUACUCUUUAGACAGGGGGCUUCACAAAAUUACCACUAUUAUAUUCAUUCAUCUGUACCUUUCAGGGUAAUAGGUCCUCAAAGGAUUUUUAAAGGGACAGUAAACACCUUGUAAUUACAUGACAUUUCUGUUGUGUUGCUAUAGAAUAACAGUUAAGUCUUAACAUUUUUUUAAAAUAAAUCAACAUUCUUUUUACUGCAUUCAUUUUUCAGUAGCCAUACUCCAUCCAACAUUUGCCUUAUUUGGAGGAGCUAAUCUGGGUUUGAUACAACAGACAACAAAGCUAGCCCUGGUUAUAAUGUUAGUAUAGAAUGCAUUUUUUUACACUUGUUAUCUGAUAAAAACAAUCAGGGACAUAUAUGUAGCAAAGUUAGCCUUGAGAAGUCUGCAGGGUGCAUUUCAAGUUGUGAAAAUUAGAAAUUGCUUAAUUUUCAGACCUAAAUUACUUGAAAAGGGGGCAAAAUAAAUAAUGACAUUCAUUUAUUUUUUUAUGCACAACUAAAAAAAAUCUAAAGGGCCCAAAGUGUUUACUGUCUCUUUAAGAUUACAAGUUGCACUCAGAGUCAACUACAGCAGAAAGGCAUUCAAAGUUUAAUGGGACAUUGGUCCAAGCAUCACAAAGAACAAUUUAACCUUUUAAAGCCGUUAUGCCGUUCCAUUCCGUCAUAAUUAGACUGGGCUUUAAAGCCGUUAUGACGGAAUGGAACGUCAUAACUAACGGCUGUCCUGAAGCCUUCUGUGCUUCAGGGAUUUAAUCGCGGUCUGGAGGGCGUUCCUAGGAUUGUAGGGACGCCCCCCAGAUGCGAUCCAAUAAUUGAAAUCUCGCGAUCGUAUGCACGAUCGCGUAGUUUCAAUUUGUCUACAUCGGAACAGUUGUUCCGAUGUAGGCACUUUAACCCUGUCACGAAAGGGUUAAACCUCUAUGGGUAGAGGGAAUCUACAGACAAAGGGUACAAGUUUUUAAAAUGCAUGUCAUUUUGCAGUAAUAGAAGAGGUUUGAGGAAAGUUGUCUUUACUAAAAUAGUAACAUAUUCCUUUUUUACUUCUUUUUUUUUUAUAAAUCACAGUAGUUUUUUUUUUUCUGUAAAUUGUGUUACUAGAUAUAACCAGUUUACAGUAGAUCUUUCAGAAAAAAAAAGAUUUCUGAAAAUAAAAAUAUAUUAGGAGAUUGAAGCACUUAUUGCAAUGAAAAAAAAUGCAGUAUUAUUUCCUCUGCACCUUUUUAAAGGUGCAAACUGAUAUUUGCCAAUACAAACAUUCAUUCCAGUUUUUAUUUUUUAAAUUACAUUUAUAGAUAUUCAGGAUUUUUAAUUGUAAUUAAAUACUGUAUAGCAGUACAGAUACUUUCAGAUCACCAAAAUGUAUUUUAAAAUGUAUCGUUGCUUCAAAAGCAGAAAUGGUUAUUUAACAAAUGGAAAAAUAGCUCAUAUGGGGGUGGUUUACUUUGCCUGGCACUUAAUGCAGAUAGAUUUUUUUCUUUCUUUUCUCCCCAAUUAGCUUUAUAAAAGGUUAUUUCUCCAGUCAGUGAUGUAUUUUGUUUUGUGCUUCCCUACACAGACCUCCAAACUGUCCAUAUUUGUGAGGGACAGUCCCUAAUGUUGUCCUGUUGUCUUUCUGAGACAGCUAUAUGUCCCUAUUUGCUGAAUUUCCCUUAGACCCAUCUAUAGACCACCCACAGACUGACCACACAUGCCCACAAUCCCACCCACUUUCCACAUGUUACCGUAAGCACAACCCCUGCUGACAUGGCGCUACCCACAAAAAUGCCCACCUCAACUUCUUCAGUCCCUAAUUCCUAGCCAUAAGUAUUAGGGGGUAUACUACAAUUUCAGCUCAUAGUUGCACAAUAUAUAUCAAGCAACUGUAGGUCGGGGAUGCACGGACAGGUCAUGUGCUCCUUCUGGACAACCAGAGAUAAUUGAUUUCUGAUAAAAUAAUUAAAUAACUAAACAUAGCAAGGGGGCACAUUCCUAUAGAACUGUUCCUCAAAAUGUGAUUCCUACCCCAAUGUUAUCCUUCCUUGAGUUAACCUAGGCCAAAGCCUGGCUCUAUUUAAGUCUCAUAACUUUCUCACGCUUCCAACAUUUAUAUUUAAUUGUUGUUUGUUGGACUCAGAUGUGCAGUAUAUAUGUUUAUGAGGCAGUAGAUCAUUUAUAAGGCUUUUAUUUGAAGUUUUAUAACAAAAAACUUUAUGAAUAUACUGUACAUCACACAAAAAAGGAAAUAAUACGACUGCUACAUUUUUUAUUAUGCAUAUGAACGAGCAACAAUUAACUCCGUUAAAAAUAUUUUUCCAUGAAAAAAGAUAAAAUUGUUUAUUUUGUUAAUAAAGUGAUUUCAACGUUUUGCUAUGGAAUCAACACUAUCUAUAAUUAUUCUUUAAAAGACCGCACAUUCAUUAAUAAUAAUAAUAGUUAAAGACACUUUAUUCUUAAAAUAAUUGCGGUUUAGUGAUAGGAAACAUUGUGCUGUUCCUUCGCACGCAUCUCAUACUCGUUUUUUUUUCUUUGAUGACGAAUCCGGCUUCAGCCAAUCUUUGCGUGCCCCCUUUGGCAUCCAAAACGUGGGACAUGCAAAUAUUGGCUGAAGCCGGAUUCGUCAUCCAAAAAUAAAAUCAAGUAUGAGAUGCCGGCAGGUGAAAGCCACAAUGUUUCCGAUCACUAAACGGUAAUUAUUUUAAGAAUAAAGCAUCUUUAAUUAUUAUUAUGAAUGAAAGUGCCCCUCUUUUUAAGAAUAAUUAUAGAUAGUGUUGAUUCCAUAGCAAACAUUUACAAUUACUUAAUGCUAGCAAUAACUCGUUGUGCAUUACCUCGUCAUGGGCACGGCAUUCAUACUUGCUGACAUAGACAACAAACAAAGUCUGUUGGUAGAAAGGCAAAGAACAAAUAGUUUUAUUUGGUACAGGAAACCCCAUUUUUCAAAAGUAUCAAUGCUGUCAUAUUUUAAAUUAAAGUCUUUCAUGUACUUUUACAUACAGACUUGUCUUAUAUGUCAUGCUGACUCUUGAGUCUCUUGAGAACCUGAAAAAUAAAAAAUCUGUUCAGUAUUUUUUUUUAUUAUUAUAUCGCAGUGUUUAGCUGUUAGAGAUGACUCUAAACCAUUGCAUAUCGAUGUGUUAGAGCUCUCUCUGGCAAGUUCAGAAGUACUUUCAAGCAGUAAUAUUUGGAAAUUCCUUAUCCCUCUGUCUGUCUACCAAAAGAGUGACAGCAAGUGAGCUGCUUCAUUGUGUCCCUGCAGGUGUUGAUGGUAUUCAGCAGUUUUUUUCUUAUAUUGCACAGAGCCAUAUUGGCACUGCAAUUUAGUUCAUUUUCUUUAUUUUUUAGUCUGAUAUUCUAUAUGCUCUAUAUCAUCUAACCCUAGUACUAUUUAGAAUUAGACUAACCUACUACAUUUUAACUGUUACCCUGUACAUGUGUGUUUAGGGGUGCGAAAAGAUGCAAAUGCUUCCCCGCUAAAGUUUUGAUGCCAGUGAGACAUCAUAUGUUGUGCCGCUCAUGGGUACAAAAAGCAAUGCUUUUCUGCUGUACAUGUUGCAACUGUACAUUUUGAUGUUUGGUGAACUGUAUGUUUUUGUCCCGUCCGGUAACAAUUCCAGGGGCUUCCAAGACUCCAGCUACUGCCAGCAGAUGCAAUAUUACUGUAUUUUCUGCUUUCAGAUGACACACAAUAACCAUUUAUUAAAAAUGAACUUUAAGACUCUGCUGACCUAAAAAAAUGAUGUGCUGUGCUUUCUGUCUAUCAUGUGAGCAUUGUUACAUUAGCUUCCUCCUUAUAGCUCUGUGCAUUGAAGUCAAGAAACAAACAAUAUCUCCCAAUGAAGCUGAUGUUAGGGUGGCGAAAACAGUUUACCAAGAUUAGUGUCUAAUAUAUCAGAUGAAAGUCCUGUGAUAUUAGCCCCUUCACUGCUUUUUUGUGAGCAAAUACGAAAUAUGAGUAUUGAAAUUAUUUUCCAGACUUAAAUGGUUUAAAAUCCUAAAAAAUGAAAACAAAUGGAUUACAAUAUUAGUUUUAACCUAUCUGUUUUACACAAGCAAUACCAUGAUCUAUGGGGAUACAGCACAGUAAUUCUUGAAAUAGGAACGGACUAUGAAUCAUUUUAAUCUUUAUGCUUCAUGCUUGAGAUCCAAAUAAAAUAUAAACGUGUUAAGUGAAAAAUACUUUUACUAGUUGAAGGGACAUGAAAGCCAACAUUUUUCUUUCGUAAUUCAGAUAGAGAAUACCAUUUUAAACAACUUUCUAAUUUACUUCUAUUAUUUAAUUUGCUUCCUUCUCUUGUUAUCAUUUGCUGAAAUGUUUAUUUAGGAAAGCUCAGGAGCAGCAAGGUUGAUUGGUGGCUGCAUAUAUACUGAUUGUCAUUGGCUCACCCAUGUGUUCAGUCGGCAACCAGUAGUGCAUUGCUGCUCAUUCAACAAAGCAAACCAAAAGAACGAAGAAAAAUUUAUACUAGGGGGCAGAUUUAUCAUAUCUGCAGCCUCAGAGCAGGCGGACAAGUUAUGGAGCAGCGGUCUUUAGACCGCUAAUUCAUAACUUCUGUUUCCGGCGAGCCUGAAGGUUUGUGCGGAAACAGGGGCAUCAAGCUCCAUACAGAGCUUGAUAAAUCGGCCCCAAAGAGUAAAUUAGAAAGUUACUUAAAAUGUAAUGCUCUAUCUAAAUCAUGAAAGAGAAAAUUUGGGUCUCAUAUCCCUUUAAGAAACAUUCACAUUAAGGUAAAUGAGCAACAAAGUCUCACUUUCACAGUCACACAGGUCUGACAUUUAUGUUUAGUCAGAUUUUAUUUUGCAGAAUCAUUGUGAAGAAAUGCUUCGGCAAAAUAAAAUCUCAGUCCCUUUAGACUUCCAGUUGAGGUAGUAACGAUGACUAUUGUAAAUAAAUUCAAUAAAGAUUGGUAUAUGCAUAAUGCUAUCAUAAAAAUGAAUGGGAUGUAAUGGUGUAUAGUAUCCUAGCACUGUACAUCAUCCGAAUUCUAUAGCACUUACAAGAGCGCUGAUUGGUAGAAGCUUACUUACUAAUCAGCACCCAUGUAAGCAGGGAAAUUGGAGUGGGCAUUUGCAUGGGAAACCAAUCUGCUGCACUAUGGUAUGCUGGGACUUUAUAGACACAGUAUAUUAUACACCAUUAUAUUUCUUUAAUUUAUAAGACACCCUUAUACAUUUCCCAGGCUUUCUUAAAUUGUAUUACAGCAUUUGGCAUUCCUGCCUCAAUUCGAAAUCUAGAGCAUGAAUCAGUCAAAUUUUCUUGUAAAUUAAUCCUACUACCCUCCUAGAGCAUAACCACUUGUUCUAGUAUUGUUCAUUUAGUAAAAAAAAGCUUUCCUCCUCAGUUUUGUUAAAUCCUUUAGUACAAAAUGACGUUUUCAAUUAUAUUGCCUCUAGCCAUUCUUUGGUCGAAACAAUAGCUAUCAAGAUAAUAAAUCUUUCCUUGUAAGUUUUUGUUGUUGACAUUGUACCAUUUUAGUUGCCAUCCUUUCAACAGUUUCUAGUUUAAAUAAUUGCAGUGAUAUUGUCUCAAGAACUCACAGUAUUCAAGGCCUAGUCAAUGAUCUAUAACGUCACAUAAAAAUCCCACUUUUUAUGUUAAUACCUCUACCUAUACAACCAAGCUUCCUGCUGUCCUUACCUGCUGUACUAUUGCAUUGUUGUUUAACAAUCGUAUAAUUAUCUGAAAAAAUAUUUUCCCAAACCUAAAUGUAUUUGUUCUAUGUUAUAUAGAGUUUUUUAAAUCUAUAUACAAAAAACAAGAAAAUAGAGACACACACUGAAACUUAGACCCAGAACAAUAGCUGGAAAAACUUCCUUGCUUAUCCUUCCAAAAUCAGUGUGAAAUCUCUUUUAGCACACUAUGCCUUUCACAGAGGAGAAAUUUCCUGUAGCAUAUUAGUCUGAUCCUGCCAAAUGACCUGUCCAACCCCAAAUACCAGGUAAAUUUUCUCUGAACAAGAGAAAGCAACAAGCUCCAGGUGAACGUUUCGGCCUCUAUGGGCCUCUUUAGUGAGUGCACCCCUCUAGGGCAUGUGUGCAAGGAUUUUUCUUUCUUUAAUCUAUAACAAUGCUUUGUAUUUUUAAAAAUGAAUUUUCCUGUGCUAAAUAAGCCAACUUUCUUCUAUGGCAGUUGAUCCUAACAGCUAGUAAGUAAUUUAUACAUAGGUAUUACUUGCAGUUCCUCAUAGCAAUCAAUUUGAUCUAUUUCUCUUUUAAUGGUGACUCUGUUAUAAAUUUUUAUAUAAUCUUUAAAAUAAUACCUAGAUUUAAAACCACUACCAAUAUCACAUAUAUAACAAAAUAGGCCCAAGGAUUGAACACUGAGGCACCCCACUUAAAUUUCCCCACUCUUUUGAAUAUUCUACCGACAAAACUAUUUAUAUAUGCAAGCAAUGCAGUUUAUUCAUUACUUUGUUGUGUGGAACAAUGUCAAUGCUUUAGGUUAGCCUAAAUUUACUGUUCCUGCCUGGUUUGGCCAUUUAGUUACAUAGUAGAAAUUAACUAGUUUAGUCUGGCCUAAAUUAUUUUCAAAAGUUGACAUUCAUUCUAUCACUACUAUAGUCAGAAUUACAGGCCAGUAAUUAGAGUGUCCCUACUUUGGACAAAAAUAUUUUUUUUAUCAUCAAACUUUGGAGGAACACGUGUGGGUUUGAGAAACACUGCUCUAUAGUCUGUUGUAACAAGGUGCAGAAUUUGUCUCCAAUCUCCUUCCACAAAUCAACAUUUUUCACUCACAGUGCAAUUUUUACUCUUUAUUGACCAUUUUAUUUUGAAAUAAAAAUACUUACGUAUGGUAGAAUUAUUAAACUUUUUAUUAAUGAAAUGUUUUAGAUGGUUUGAGCUAGACAAAUGCCUCUUGUGGUCAUUAAAAACUUCAUAAUGUGCAAGUAGCAGUGGAAUUAGCCUGCUUAGGCCUCUUCUCACAUAGCAACAUUACAGUUUAUUAUGCAAUGACCCAUCUUUUUUACAUUUAACAAGAAAAAGAUUCCGCUGACUUGGGAUGUUUUUAAUGAGUAACACCGGCUUUAAAUUCUAGAGGAGUUUGCAGUUUAAAAACCUCAUAAUAAUCAGCUAAUAUUAAAAAUAAUGUUGCACAUGUGGUUUGUCAUAUUUUCUUGUUUUUCCCUUUUAACCCUUUACAAGAUCCCUACGUACGUUAGCUAUGCAAAGUGUAACAGCCAUUUAACUAUAAAAAAUGUAUUGAGGUUUUCAAUUUAAAUAAUGACCUUUUAAUAUAUCACUUAAAAACUGAAUUGUUGAAUAAUUACUUCUUGCUUACACUGCAAAAGUGUGCUUAGUUGAAUAUUUAGAAGUCUUGAAGUUAAAUAUUUUUUUUUUCCUUAAAGGGACAUGCCACCCACAUUUUUUCUUUUAUGAUUUAGAAAGAGAAUGCAAUGUUAAACAUAUUUCUAAUUUACUUAUAUUAUCUAAUUUGUUUGAUUCUCUUGAUAUUCUUUGAUGAAAAGCAUAUCUAGAUAUGCUCACUAGCUGAUGAUUGGUUGCUGCACAUAGAAGCAUCAUGUGAUUGGCUCACCAUGUACAUUGCUUUUUAUUCAAAUAAGGAUAUUUAAAAAAUGAAGCAAAAUAAAUUAUGGAAGUAAAUUGUAAUGUUGUUUAAAUUUCUAUUCUCUAUCUGAAUCAUGAAAGAAAGAUUUUGGGUUUAGUGGCCCUUUAAAUAAAUAAAAAAAUAAAUCUGGAGAUUUACCAGAAAAUAAAUAAGAAAAUACCUUCCCUUAAUAUUGAGCCAAUAGCUCCUUCACAUAGCCACAAAAAAAGCUUGACAUAUUUUUUUCUGUUUUUUUAUAGACUGUACAAUGAUACUUUUAAAUUGUUUUAGGAUCAGAGUAGAAAACAAUGUGGCUGAUAGACAAGCAUGUCCCCUAGAGAUUUCAUCAUUAAAGGGGCAUUAAAUGUUUUCUUAUUGCACUAUUCAACAAAGGGGUUAAACACAUAGAUACAUUCAGCUCGGAGUGACAUACACAGCCGAUCCUGAGCUGAACAUUGAUAGUGAUUAGCUGCUGAUUGGCUCAUUUGCAGGGGUUAUGCACAUAAGUAAAGGCAAGCAAUAGUGCAAUAAGGAACUGCUCUAAUGCAUUAGAGAAUUAUUUUCUUGCAGCUUUUUGGCCUGUUCAAAUCUUGUUGUUACAUAUCGUAGGCUGACCAUAUUGCCGCUUUAAAAAGGGACACAUAUGAAAAAUACAUAAGUCAGGGUUCUCAUAAUAAAACAUUGUUCCAAACCAUUUCUUUAAACAGCCCUCACAUAUGUAUUUUUCAUAUGUGUCCCUUUUUAAAGCAUCAACGUGGUCAGUCUAUAUAUAUAUAUAUAUAUAUAUAUAACAUAUAAGUGUUUGAUGGCCAAGAGUUGAAAUCUUCUAACUUACCCACAACAAAGAUCAGGAGCUUUCUCAAUAAACUAUUGAUGUGGAUUGUGUUUCAAUUCCCAAGACUUUAAGAAUACCAUGUAGAAUUCUGCAUAUGUUAUACAUCUAUAUUAGUGCGCACCUUUCCAAAUGAGGGACCAUAUUGCAGAUUUUUUUUUUUUAUUGCAGGGCUGCUGAAAACUAUGAAAACAGAUCAAAUAUAACUUCUAAAUAACCUAUAAAGUAAAGUGUAGCAAAUCUGUACAUAAACACAGUGAGAACAUGGGGUAAUCAAUAUGCAGAUAAGAACUAUGUGCCCCAAAAGCAGAGAAAGAAAAUGCAUUUUAGAUAUAACAAAGAAACAUAUUUCUUUAAUAUCUCAUUAAAGGGCCAGUAAAAUCAAAAUUUUCAUGAUUUAGAUACCACAUAUCAUUUUAAAUAACUUUUUAAAACUACUUCUUUUAUCUAAUGUGCUUCAUUCUCUUUGUAUACUUUGUUGAAAAGCAUACCUAAGUAUGCUCUACUGGGAGCUAGUUGCUCAUUUGUGGCUGUACAUAUAUGCCUUUUGUCAUCGGCUCACCUGAUGUGUUCAGUUGGCUCACAGUAGUGCAUUGCUGUUCCUUCAAAAGAUAAAGCAAAUUAGAUUGAAAAGUUGUUUCAAAUUGUUCGGCCCAUCUGAAUCAUGAAGGAACAUUUUUUUAGUUUUAUGUCCCUUAAAGGUAUACAAGGACUAGAUCUUUGCUCACAUCCAAUACGUUUUUUUGAAGUUAUUACUUAUCUUUUUCUGUUGUGUUCUAAGAAAUUUUUAUUGAAAUCAUAAACAAUGUUCCUAUUCAGGCAAAUUGUUAAUGUGUUGAGGUCUCAGCAAAGCAGUUAUGUAAUUGAGGCAAUAAUUUGUAUUUGUACAUUGAAAACUGUUGCUUCUUAUUUAUAUUUGAAUAAUUUCAGCAGUUUUUUCAACUCUAGUACAGAUCUAGUCCAGACCAGAUUUAAAGGAUUUUCCCAUCUGAGGACAUGUUGGUCAAUCACAAAGAUUGAGCUACUGAACAACCCAAGACCAGAAAUACUAUAAAUGUGGGGAGAAACUUUAUAUUUCAGGAUAAUUAUCUUUUUGGUGAAUGCUAUUUUGGGUCAAGAGUCAGGAUCAAGGUAAAAAGUCAAGCUGGUUUUGACUAUAACCCUAUGUGCCUAAAAAGGAAGAAAAAACGUUCUAGUAGAACUGAAUUAUAUACACAACCAAUAAAGUAUUGGUUGAACUUGGUGAGAAAAGUGCUAUUUAUAACCUGACAGCUGAACCAGAAUGCAAAUUGAUUAUAUUUUGUGUUUUUGGCAGUAUGUUUAGAUACUUACUAUUUUGUAUUAAAAGACUGGUACUGUGCCUGAUAUCUUGUGUCCCAUGCAAACCCUUUUUAUUAAUAAACUUUGUUUUUUUCA